GUCUAUUCACCCCCCCCCCCCCUCUAGACUUUGUAACUCACCACUUCGGGACCACCAAUUGGUAUCGGAGCGGGUUUCUCACUAUCUACUUUUAGAUUAACGAGAAGCGAUCAUAAUGGUGAACAAUAUGGAUCACGGUUUGCCCAAGUUUUCUCUUCUAGGUUAUGAUGAUUGGAAGAUCAUGAUGGAAGCACAUCUCUACGCUCUACAUGAUUGCAUGUGGAUGGUGUUUGAGGAUGGACCCUUGAAAAUCCAAAUGGAGAACCCUGAGAGGAAUCCAGCUGCUCCAGAUGUAGUCCAGUACAUUCCAAAGCCCAAAGAAAAAUGGGAUGAUAGAGAUUGCAAAAAGCACAAUCUGGACAACGUCGCCAAAGCAGCCAUCUUCAAGACACUUGAUCCUAUCACCUUCUCCAAGAUUAAGCAUCUCAAGACUGCCAUGGAGAUUUGGCAAGGUCUUGGGAAGCUAUGUGAGGGAUCAGAGGACCUGAGAAAGCAGAAGAUAGAAGUCCUGCUUGAGAAGUUCAAAAGCUUCAAAAUGCUUCCCGGAGAAUCAUUUGAUAUGUUGGAUGAAAGAUUCCACAAAAUAUUAAAUGAUCUUGCCUCACUUAACUACAUUCUUUCUCCCAAAGAAAAGAAUGUAAGGUUGCUGAGAUCACUCCCAACUGAGUGGUACACCAAAGCCACAGCCAUGGAAGAAGGAAGAAACCUGGAGAACUACACUGUUCAAGGUCUCCUUGAUGAACUCAGAACCUAUGAGCACGAGCUGAAAAAGAAGAAGAAAGAACAAGUCACUCCCUUCCCCACGGCAUUGAUGACAACUUCAAGAAUUCCAUCAAGUGAAGGGACAUGCACAAGAAACUGUGACACACCUUCCUCCAGCCAGCCAUCAAGCUCAAAAAUGGAGAACUACGAAGAGGAAUUUGCCAUGAUGGUCAAACAAUUCCGGAAGUUCAAGAAGUUCUUCAAGAAGGCUGAUUCAAUCAGAAGGCCAUCCAAGGGAAAGCCACAGGUAAGUGACUCCCCUCCUGAAUCUUAUUUAUGCUAUAAUUGCAGGAAACCUGGCCACUGGAAGUCGGCAUGCCCGUACCCAAAGGUGGAGAAGUACGGAGAAAGAGAAAGGAUCGAGAAGAAAAAGAAAGCAAUGGUUGCUGCUGAAAGUGACGAGUCAUCCAGCUCAAGCUCGGAUGAAGAAGCCCUCGUCUGCAUGGAGCGCAGAGUUGAGAAGUCCAACCGUGAGGAUAGGUGGACUAUGUCAGAAGAUGACACUCUCUACCUAAUGGCCAAAGAUGAUGCUGAUCAAGAGGUAACCUCACAAACCUCCUGCUCAUCUUCUUAUAGCACACCAACUUCUGAAAAUCUUUUUGACCAGUUCAAAAAGAUGAUGAAAGACUUUGAGGAGAUAAAUCUCAAACACACAUCCUUAACAAAAGAGAACAAACUAUUGAGUGAAGAGAAUCUCAAGUUGACUGAAAGUCGGAAAAGUCAACUGAAUGAGAUCACUCAACUCAAGACUGAAAAUGAAUCUCUCUCUGAAAAGGUGAAAUCCCUUAACAAAGAGCUAGGGAUACUCAAGUCCCAAGAAGCAGUGAACAAGCUGCUUGAAACGACCAAACAUAAGGGUCGCAAAGGACUUGGGUUUGACUCCUCUAGUUCCAAAAGGAAAGGGAAGACAACUUUCAUCCCUCCUAAACCUACUGCCAAACCUAAUAAGCAGAAAGGGAAGGAAAAGGAGAAACCAACAGAAGUUCCCAAAAAG